UUUGUUUUUUUUAGGUUUUAGGUUAAUAUAAAUAUAUGUAUAUAUAUUUGAAAACAUAUUUUAAAUGCAACCACCGAUCCUAUAUAGAAUAUAGUGUUAUUGAAAAAUAACUUUUCUUUUAAAUUUAAGAAAUGCAUUUGUUUAUAUAAUGAACUCUCUUCAAACCACCAUUUUGCCUUCUGUAAUUGUAGUGAGUCCAAGUUUUCCUACUGCUGCAAUUGUGGUUUUGGCAGUUGGAGCUUACAUAAUUUUCUUUACUAUUUCUUUGCUUAUUCGUAAAUGCAUAAUUACCAAAGGCCAAAGUUUUUGUCCAACGUGGUUCAAUGAAAUAUGUACUUGCCAGACCUGUUGUGUAAACAAUUCUGUCGAAGAAACAGGCUGUUUGAUAAGUUUUGCUCGUGCAUGUGACUUUCCCCUUCCUCAUAAACAAGUUUGCAUGGAAUGUUUGCCUACAAAGCAGUGGUGCGAUAAUACGUUUUGUUCGUGUUUAAAUGGCCAAUCGAAUGAAUGCAGCGGAUGCAAGAACACUAACUUCGGAGAGUUUACUGGUUGUGAAGAUUGUAAGGAGUGCUCCGAAUUUUGUGGUAACUGUGAUUGCAACUUUUGUUCUCAACCUGAUUCCAUUAAUUGUUGUUGUAUAGAGAUAAAACUUACUGGUAACCGAGCACAAAAUCCUGGGCAUCAAAUGAAUCCAUAUGGUGGUUACUCAAGUAAUCAGAUGUAUUACAAUAAUCAAGGUAAUAUAAUUAACCAACAGCCUUCUUUGAUGACUACCGGAAACCAUCCAGUUCGGGGUGAUGCAUUGUUCAAUACGCAACAGGCUGCUCAGUUUCAGAACACUUCCUAUAAUCCUAAUCAGUCAUUUAGUGCAGGAUAUCAAUCAGCAAAUUCAAGACUCUUACCUCAGCCAAGGGAGCAACUAGUUCCUGGACAACAAGCAUUUCAAGGGCAACAGUCAUUUCGGGGACAACAGUCAGUUCCAAGUAAAAUGCUAGGGGAAAGCUCUAAUUCUGCAACAAUACGACUCUGACCUUUCAAUUUUUUUCCCAUUUGGUCGUCAAUAGACACCAGUUUUAAAAUAAAUUUAACAGUUAAAUACACACACACACAUUGGUUAUAUUUAUUUAUUUAUACUUGUUAAUAAAUAAUGUUGGAAAUAGUUUUAUA